CGCACAAGUCAUGAAGCGCCAUCUUUAUUUUUACCUAGCGGUCUCUGGCUUCUCGUCUGUCUGUGCUGGUCAUUUAUCGUGUUAGCUGUAAUUUUAUCAUUGAAUAUAUGGCAAAUUUAGCAGUUGCUGCGGCAGCUGCAGCUGCCAGAGACCCGGCCGUGGACCGCUCGUUACGCUCGGUUUUCGUGGGAAACAUCCCAUAUGAGGCCACAGAGGAGCAGCUGAAAGACAUCUUCUCAGAGGUUGGACUAGUCGUCAGUUUUAGGUUGGUGUAUGACAGAGAAACAGGUAAGCCAAAGGGAUAUGGCUUUUGUGAGUACCAGGAUCAGGAGACGGCGCUCAGUGCCAUGCGUAACCUGAAUGGCCGAGAGUUCAGCGGCAGAGCCCUCCGCGUCGAUAACGCUGCUAGUGAGAAAAAUAAAGAGGAGCUCAAAAGUUUGGGGACUGGAGCUCCAAUUAUUGAGUCUCCUUAUGGAGACGGCUGCGCACCAGAAGAAGCUCCAGAGUCCAUCAGCAGGGCAGUAGCCAGCCUGCCUCCCGAGCAGAUGUUUGAGCUAAUGAAACAGAUGAAGCUAUGUGUGCAGAACAGUCCCCAGGAGGCCAGGAAUAUGCUCCUGCAGAACCCUCAGCUCGCUUAUGCCCUGCUGCAGGCUCAGGUGGUCAUGAGGAUUGUGGACCCUGAAAUCGCUCUGAAAAUGCUCCACCGUCCGACUGUGGUUCAGCCCAUAAACCCAAGUCCUCAGCCUGGACCGGUACCAGCACCUAACCAGCCCCUCCCUCAGCCAAAUGUGCCUGUCUCUCAGCCUCAGCCUAUGCCAGGUAUGCAUGUGAACGGAGCCCCACAGAUGAUGCAGCCUCCACAGAUGGGAGGUGGAGUACCCGCACCAAUGCCAGGACAGGGUCCCAUGGGACCAACUGGUGGGAUGCAACCUCAGAUAGGGAUCCCUCCAGGAGGCCCUGUGCCCAUGGAUAGAGGCCCAGGAACCCUUCAGGACUCUCCUGUGGGAGCAGCUGGGCAGGCUGCUAUCGAGCGGCCUCAAGUGCCGAUAGUAGACCCACGUGCCCCAAUGCGAGGGGCCCCUCAAGGCCCUCCAGGGAUCCCACCCAGAGGCCUGCUUGGCGAUGGUCCAAACGACCCGCGAGGUGGAUCAUUGGUCAAUGUCACUGGAGAAAUGGUGGAGCCAGGGCAUGGUUACAUGGGAGGCCCUCCACAACAUCAGGGGCCGCCCAUGCAUAUGGCCCCAGACAUGCGUGGCCCUCAUGACAUGAGAGGAGGACCCAUGAUGGGAGAACCUAGAGGUCCUAUGAUGGAGCAGCGUGGUCCGCCUAUGGAGGCAAGAGGUCGUGACCCGAGAGCUGUUGAUGCUCGGGGUCCGAUAUCUGGCCAGAGGGUUCCUGUGGCUGGUGGAAUGCAGGGUCCUCCCCCCCACAGCAUGGGACAAAGUGCACCACCAGCAGCGAGACCAGGUCCUACAUCAGAUGUGUCAUCACAAGACCACGAGAAAGCUGCCUUGAUUAUGCAGGUCCUGCAGCUGACCCCAGAACAGAUCGCCAUGCUGCCACCAGAACAGAGACAGAGUAUCCUGAUACUGAAGGAACAGAUUCAGAAGACAGCAGGCGCACCCUGAAGACUCAUCGUGUGACGCGAGUUCUUUUCUUUCCUUUGCAUCCAUCCUAAAACAUCCUAUUAUGAUAAUUACAGGCUCUGUGACAAAGCGGAACAUGGGUUUUCUUAAGCAACAGGGGUUAAUUUGGGUUAGUGCAAGUCUGAAAAUCUGACUCUACAACUUUAUUGCAGGAACAUACGCAUCCGAUCAGACAACUCUCCCCUGGCUGCUUUUGUAUUGGUCUGCAUCCACAUCUGUAACUUUGUUGUUGUUGUUUUUGUUUUAUAGUGAUAUUUUCUUAUUUCAAGUGAGAUCAGUUGUAUAUGAAUAGUAGUAGUUCACAAUGUACUGCUCAUGAAAAAAUAAACUGGGUUUUGAAAUAAACAACUGGAAUUUUUUUUCAAUGCAGAAUGUAAUUCCUGCCUUCAUUAUUUAUAAAUACAGUUUAUAAAAGACAUGACAUAAAAUGUAUAGUAUUAACAAUUUAUAUCUUGGAUGAUAAAGUUGGUUUGAUUGUUUAAAGGUUACAAAACCAGUGACUAACCAUAUGUGACAUCAGAUAAAAUGUGUUUUAAAGAAGAUCUGUUCCUUUUUCACCUUUAACAAGGAGAUGAAAUUCCACAAUCUUUUUCAGUAAUUUCUUGCCAUGCUUAUUUUAGAGCUGUGCACUUAGACAAGGAGGCACUUAUAAAAACACAUUACAUUCUGGUGUUUGUCUGAUUUCCUUGAUCCUUGGUGAUUCAUUUCUAACCAGGAACUCUAGAACCAGGAAAGCCAAACCUUGAAAAAAAAAAACAAUGCGUGGAC